GUAGGUGAUGAACGCAAACCUCGCUGCCAACGCUGUCUCGAUGCAGACGCAGAGUGCAUAUAUGGCCCGAGGCUUUCAUUUUUGGAAAAGAACGCUAUUACCGCCCCUGAUAGUAAUCUAGAUGGGAAAUACAAUGGUUCUAGAAACUAUUCUAAAAUUCAGUUUGUGGACGACGAACACAUUCGACCGAAAGAUGCCGGUCUCAGCAGAAAUUCUCAAGCCUUAAUUCCUUCUCCUCUUUCUCCCGAGAAAGAAAACACUUUUAUAUGUUACAGUCCACCCCUAAGAAGCGACCUAGGACCGACUACAGCUAGUACUCGUAUUGAUGAACCGCCAAAUAUCUGCUCUGGGUCUGAUGACACAUUUCGCGAAGAUGAAACGGCUGCCGCGAAAUCUCUGGAUUCACAAAUCCCAAAUGAUAUGUCGCUUUAUCGCCAUGAAGAUAGCCACCAAGAUCAGAAUAUGAUGAGAAAGGGCGAUGGUUUCGAGAUUGCGCUGGGUGUUUUGAUGACUCUUGGUGCUGGAGAUCAUAAGGCGGAUACAUCACUUCAUCUUACCUCUAACACAGGAGACUAUGAAGGGGGCAAUAUAUUGUCACCGCUGUCAAAGCUGGAGAGCAUUGGCAAUAUUGGCCCAAUAAGCCAUCGCGUGGCACUUCAGCUUUCGACAGGACGGUCUGUUGACCUGCUGAGGCACUAUAGAUAUAAGAUUGCUCCAUGGAUGGAUAUGUGUGACACAAUCCAAGCCUUUGGUCUCGUUGUUCCGCAUCUUGCAAUGAGAUCAGAGUUGUCAUUUGAUGCACUCUUGGAACUUUGCAGCGCUUCAUAUAAUAUCCAUCAUGUUCAUGCUGAUUCUAAUAGGGGUCCAAUGGCAACUCGUACAGAUGGUCUGUCAGAUACAAGAAAAGAUCUCAUCGAACAAUCUACACCGUGGGAAGUUCAUCUUUGGUCAAUAUUGGCGACUACGAAACAUUUCCUUACUGACCCUCCCGAAUCAUGGGACGACGUAUUGAGUAAAAAUAAGCUUCUACAUAAGGCUUUUCUUGAACAUAGAUCAUCAAACGACCUGAACGCGCGUAUGGUGUGGCUGCUUGCCAGGCUAGGUAAGCGAUCGAAUUAUUUAGUAGCUCUGAGCAGAAGAAUAUGUAUUGACCAUGCCAGGUACUGCUGCUGCUCUAUUAAAAGAAUCCAGCCCAUUUGUCAACAGCAACAUUCUCAGAUCCUUACUUCAAAGUUCUUCUCACAGAGGAUCUAA